UUCCCACCAGGCCAUUCAACAACUGAUCACCUUCAUGUAGAUGGAAGUUUCAUGGGGUCAAACUAAUCACAAAAUCCUGGCUUUAUAUGAUCUAUACUGCAUAUAUAAAUGGCAUUCCAAAGCUAAUUAUUAUAUAUGUUUAAAGAUAUAGCUAAUUAACUAGCUAGCUACCAUCAAUGGCAAUGUACAACAAUAUUAUUGUUUUAUACCUGCUAUUCUGUGUAAUAUCAUUUGAAGGUGGUCUUGGUGUGAGGAUUAACAAGGAGGAUCAAGAGCUCUUCAUGAGGUCAACUAGUGUUAGCCAAGCUCCAGCUCCAUCAGCCAUUGUUCCGCCUGCUCCUGCACCAGGUUCAACAGGAGGCACUUGCAAAACUAGAGUGGAGAUUUUUGGCUAUCCAUGUGAAGAACACACUGUGACAACUGAAGAUGGUUAUAUACUAAGCAUUCAGAGAAUUCCAAAUGGCCGAUCUGGCUCUAACUCCGGAGCAGCAAAGACUCCUGUUUUGCUGCAACAUGGACUCAUGAUGGAUGGAACUACAUGGCUGAUGAAUUCAGCAGAUGAAUCACUCGGCUACAUUCUUGCAGACAAUGGAUAUGAUGUGUGGAUUGCUAACUCUCGCGGCACCAUUUACAGUCUUGGUCACACCUCCCUCUCUGCUGCUGAUCCUGAGUAUUGGAACUGGUCAUGGGAUGAACUCACUGCAUAUGAUCUUCCUGCCACCUUUGAAUAUGUUUAUAAUCAGACAGGCCAGCAACAACUACAUUAUGUUGGUCAUUCUUUGGGAACCUUGAUUGCCAUGACAUCCUUCUGCCAAGGAAAUCUGGUGAACAUGUUGAAAUCUGCUGCACUUCUUGGCCCCGUCGCUUACAUGGAUCAAGUGGACUCUCCUCUCGCACGUGGUGCCGCUGAUUCAUUCAUUGCUGAUGCUAUUUAUUGGUUAGGCCUUGACCAGUUUGAUCCAAAUGGAGAAGCAGUGCACAACCUUCUCGCAAAGCUCUGCAAAGAACCUCAUGUGAACUGCUUUGAUCUGUUGACAUCCUUCACAGGUCCAAACUGCUGCCUCAACUCCUCAGCUGUAGAAGUUUUCCUGGAUCAUGAACCACAAUCCACGGCAACCAAGAACAUGGUUCAUUUAUCUCAAAUGAUCCGCAGAGGUACAGUGACUAAAUAUGACUAUGAUGAUGCAACGGAGAACAUGGAACACUAUGGACAAAGUAGCCCACCGGCUUACAACAUAUCAGGGAUGGCAAGUGAUAUUCCUCUCUUGUUUGGGUAUGGAGGGCAGGACCAAUUGGCUGACGUUAAGGACGUGGAGCACUUGUUGCAGGCCAUACAACCCCAUGAUCAAGACAAGUUGACUAUUCACUAUCUUGCUAAGUAUUCACACGCUGACUUGGUCAUGGCUGUCAACGCCAAGCAAGACCUCUAUGAUCCUAUUUUGGACUUCUUCCAUCUCCACUCUUAGAUCCAUUAUAUAUAUAUAUAUAUAUAUAUCAUGUUUCUUUUGUAUAAAUGUUUAUAUUUCAUCUUUGCAAUGCUGUUGAUUUGGACUGUGUUUCGAGGAAAACAAUGUACUA